GGAGCUGCGCGUGCGCACUGAUGAGGCGCGACCCUGAGGGCGGUUGAAAGAUGGCGACUGUCGCCGAGCUGAAGGCCGUUUUAAAGGACACGUUGGAGAAGAGGGGGGUAUUAGGGCAUUUAAAAGCAAGGAUCCGAGCUGAAGUUUUCAAUGCCCUAGAUGAUGAAAGCGAACCCCGCCCGUCAUUGUCUCAUGAAAACCUUCUGAUUAAUGAACUAAUUCGGGAGUAUCUGGAAUUCAACAAGUAUAAGUACACAGCAUCUGUCCUCAUAUCAGAAUCUGGUCAACCUGUAGUUCCAUUGGACAGACAGUUUCUCAUCCGGGAACUAAAUGCAUUUGAAGAAUCAAAGGAUAAUACAAUACCUCUUUUAUAUGGAAUUUUAGCUCAUUUCUUGGAUGGAACUAAGGAUGACCUCCAAAAUCCAUUUCUGAGAGGGUCUUCACUUCAGCCUUCAAAUCCAAAUCUUGGCGAACAACCUAGCAGAAGAAAGCACAAGGGUGACCACCUAAGAACGGAGAAGGGGAGUAGUCCUAACAUCAAAGAUCAUCUUGUUUCUCAAGCAGUGAAGAGAUGACAUUUCCAUUCGGGGCAUCUUUUGUCUUAAAAUUGUGUGUAUCAAGUAACAUAUUUACUCUCCCAACAUUACCAAAAUACACCACUAAUAUUUGUCCUUUGUAGAAAUUUGAGUUUCUGCAAAAACAUUUAGCCCUUCCUGUUUUACUACAUUUGUGAAUAAAAGCUAACUCCGUCAUCUAGCUUCCUAGAUUUGACUCAAAGAAAAUACGUUGUUUUUAGAAGGUAUUUUGAAGGUUUUUUAAAUUUGUGAGAACUGGAAGAAAUUUUUAGUACCCCGUAUAUUCUUAAAAAAAAAAAAAAUUCAGGUCUUUAUAGCCAUUUGUUCUGCUCUUUAACAAGGUUACAUGAAAUUUCCUUCAGGCUGGAAUUACGUGGAUUUGUAGAAAAAUCCAUUUGUGUUUUUAAAAAAAACAUUUUAAAAAACAUUGAAGCCUGAUAAAAUGAAUUCCUAUGAAGUUCAGUUUUUUGUUUACAAUUAGCAGUUUUUCAGAUAACCAUUUAUAAUUUGGUUUAAAUAUCUGAAUUACUAUCCAAAUCUCAACUUUUAAACUAGGUAACAAUGUGCUUUUUCUUUCCUUAGACCAUUUUGGCUUCUACUGGAAGAUUUAAUUAAAAGGUAGAGGGGGAAAUAAUUCUUUUAAUUUUGCUGUAAGUCAAACAAAGAGUUUAUUUUAUUAUAUAAAGAAUGUGGAAUAAGCAUGAAGAGACAGGCUUUAGGAGAAAUACCAGAAAGCACCUUUUAAAAGAUGGCAUUGUUUAACCUCCAUGCAGCCCUCAGUUGUGCAAUCACAAGAUGAGCUCCGAAAAAGCCAGUCCCUGGUUACCUGGACUCACUGCAUGUCAGUUUUUUAUUCUUGGGUUAGAAAAAUGGUAAGAGCUCUUCCUGUGCUAUGUCUAAAAUGCUAUUUUGAUAUUUACGAAGACGUUUUUAUAACGUGGAGGCUGCAGACUGAUGUCACUGAGGACAGCUGUGAUGAUUGGCAGAAGUCAUAAAGUAUAAUCCAACAGAACAGCACAGACGCCCACAUACCAAUGACAUUGAGCUUGAAUGUUUUCCACAGGACAAGGGCGAAGGGCUGUAGAUGGCAAAAUUGGCCUUCUCUUCAGGGUGUUUACUCGGUGCUGUCUUUUCAAAGUUUUGAGUUUCUCUUUGGUGUUGGUAAGUGUUCAGUCCUUACAGAUGAACAAAGAAUUUUUAUCUGAAUGCAGAAAAUUAUUAAAGAAAUCCCCUUAAGCCAUACUUUGCAAGUGAGAGGAUUCUGAGAGGCCCUGUUGAUGAGCUAGGAUUACAGAAGAGAUAUACUCUUGGGGCUCAUUUCCAUUUUUCAAAUCAAAUCUGUAGUAUCUGGUAACAAUUAGGAAUCCCGUUGUAUUGUAUGUGGGAAUAUAAAUGUCUGAAUUCUUUUCAGAGGACUUGGUUUACAUCCAAGGAUGUUGGCUGUGGACACUAAGUUUACCUCAGGAAUUACAAUCAUGCAGGACUAGAUUAAGAAAAAAUGCUGGAGUUUAUAAUUUUGGUUACUGAUAGAAAAUCGUCACAAUAUAAACUAAACAGAAUUGUCCCAUAUAGUUCAUAGUGUGUUUGUAUGCAUUGUUGUGUAACUUGUUUGAACCUAGGCAACUUUUAUACUUUCAAUGUAUUACUUAAUAAAAAAACAAUUAAGCAA